GAUGAGCAUGCAACGGGUCUUUCAAUGCUAUGCUGCUGUUAAGUCUACUUCAUACAUUUUGGAAUAUUGACAUGUUGAUCGUUUUACUAUUUGUCAAGGUAUGGGCAAUGCAUGUAACUCAAGAAGGUGACUUGGGAAAGUUUUUAAGGACCCUGUUUGGUCAAGUAAAACCUUGAAAGCUCAGUCGAGGUGUAUGGUUUGAAAAAAAAAAUUGGUUUCCAGAACGUCCAAAACAACAGCAUCUGAUAGGUAACUAAAGGCUUUUGCUGAUUUAGGUGUUGCAAAAUGGUGCGCUCUAACUCAAGAUCUCACUCUUCGCGAUCAAAGUCCGGGUCCCUUUCCAGUUCAAGGUCAAGAUCCAGAUCCCAUUCAAGAAAAAAGAGAUACAGUUCUAGGUCUCAUUCUAGAUCAUAUUCAAGAUCUCGCAGUAGAGAGAGAAAUUAUUCAAGAGAUUAUCGCAGGGAUUAUCGUAACAAUCGAGGGAUGAGACGCCCUUAUGGCUUUCGUGGAAGAGGUAGAGGAUAUUAUCAAGGAGGAGGUGGGAGGUAUCCCCGUGGGGGCUUCAGGCCUAAUUGGAAUCGAAGGUACUCCCGCAGCCCAAGACGUGGCCGAUCUAGGUCCAGAAGUCCAAAACGUAGGUCACGGUCCAGGAGCCGGUCUGAUCUGUCCUGCAGGUCAUCUAGAUCUCGAUUUUCCUCUUCAUCUGGUUCAUCUUCAUGCUGUAGCAGAUCUCCUGCGCCACACAAGAAACACAAAUCAUUAGAAAGUAAGGAGAAGCAAAGUGAGGGGAAUGUAACACAGGAUACACAGCAGAUAGCCACAGUAGCAGAAGUUGAAGAAAAGAAAGAUACUGACAAGUUUGAUAAAGACUUACCUUGCUCUCCUGCUGGAGUUGAAAAAAAAGUACCUUUGUGCAGUGACAGUUGGACUGGCCUUGCAGCUUAUGAAAACAGCCCAAGAUCACAUCGUAGUGCAUCUCCGAUUCGUAGCCCAACAAGUCGCAGUUCUUCUUCUGAUACUCGUCAUCACAGUACUGUAAAUUCAGAUCAGUCAUCUAAAGGGACAUCACCUUCUUUACGUACCCCAGAGAGAGGGGGUUCAUCUCGUUAUAGCCCUUCUCAAUUGAGCCCAUUGCAUCACAGUUCUAAGAGGAGCCCAGUAAAACCAACAUCAUCACAGAACCUUCAGAGGGAGGAAGCACGGUUGCGAUCUCUUUACUCUGAGGAGAAGUUAGAGAUGCCAAAGGUUGGAAAACACUCUAAAAGGUACCCGGAAGAAGAGGAGACCAGAUCUUACCUGCUUGACAGGGGUAACGUAAAAGAUAAAGAGAUUUUAAAAGACAGGGGGUCAGAGAGAAAUAGGCUAGACAGGGAAAGGGCAGAUCAAACAAGUUUAGACUGUUACAGCAAAAAGGAAACUGAUAUAAUGCCAUUUCUUGGAGAUUCUGCUGAUGAAAUGGAUGACUAUAGGCAGUUCAAGAUCUCCAGUCAAGGAGAGCAGAGUAAAACCUACCCUACUGAAGCUCACUGGAAUGUUGACUGUGACAAUGAAGGAACCAAGUACAAAACUAAAGUUGCAUUGAAAGGUGAAAGAGAAUAUGAAGGGUUUGGGGAAGACAGAGUCUUCAAAUUUAAGGAUUCUAUGGUAGACAGAGGCAAUCUGACCAAAGAUAAGUUUAAGGAAGAUGAUAGGUACUGGGAUAAGACAGCAAUGAAGAAAGAAACACCAUCCCCAGAGCAGGUAAAAUCUGAAAAGCACAAAGAGGUCUACAAUCCUUCAGCAACUAAAACUGUGGAUGUAAAAGAAAAAGACCGAAUGACUGUCAAAGAGGAGAGCCCAGCCAAGGCAAAAGGGUUAACUAGUGAGUCUUACCACUCUGAAGUUAAACUCAAAAUGGCAGCAUUGCCAUUUGAUGAGCCAUUAAGAACAAGUUCGUCACUGGCUAGUGAUAGGCAAAUUGCCAGUGCACUUGUACAUUCUGUCAAGAAGGAGCAAAACUUCCGAUCCAUCUUUGAGCACAUCAAGGUUCCACAAGCAAAUAAAAGCUCGUCAGAGACAUUUAUUCAGCACAUCGUUUCAUUGGUUCAUCGUGUGAAUGAGCUUUACAAGACAACACGCAUAACCCUAAAUGAAAGGUUUACGGCCUAUUUGAAGGCUGCAGGAGGGCAAACUGCCAGGAAAAAAAGCCCUGAAAUACACAGGAGGAUUGACAUCUCCCCAAGUACUUUGAAGAAGUAUACUUAUCCAGUGGAUGAAGAGGUGCCAAAAGAAGAAUUUCAAAAGCCUGAUAAAAAGCAAAAAGCUGAGUCAGCUGACUUGCGACGUGACAUUGAUCGCAGAAAGAAGGAUAAAAACAAAGAAAGAGGAGAUUCAAAGGGUUCCCGGGAGUCAAGCAGCUCCAGAAAACAGGAAGUUGUGAAAGGCUACAAGGAUCAUAAAAAGUCUCACAAAAGUAAAAGCAAGCAGAAAAGUAAAGAUCGAGCUCGUUCCAGGUCACAUUCAUCAUCUGCUUCAUCUUAUUUAUCCCAGAAUGAGAAGGACAGCAAAAAAGAGAGAGACGAGGAGUUUAAGCCUCAUCAUGAACAAAAAGAUUAUCCUCCAUUUCAGGGGGGAAGCGGUACAAGAGGAAACUUUCAGUUCAGAGUCAGAGGAAACAGAGGGAGAGCCAGAGGUGUAUUCUCUGUUGUGAGUGCUGGGCCAAGCAAUCCGAAUGUACCUUUCCAAAAGAGAAACAAGGAUGAGGAAUGGGAUCCAGAAUACACCCCAAAGAGCAAGAAGUACUUCUUGCAUGAUGAUAGAGAUGAUGGUGUGGAUUACUGGAACAAGAGAGGAAGAGCCCGUGGUGUUUUUCAGCGAGGAAGAGCGCGAUUUAAUUUCAAAAAAACUGGCAGCAGUCCAAAGUGGACACAUGAUAAGUAUCAAGGAGAUGGACUAUUAGAAGAUGAAGAUGAAGGUGAAUAAAAGCACUGACAAGUAAAGGUUGAAUGGUUUGAAACCUCUGGUCACAGUGAAAUAAGGGAGCAGAAGAUGGAACAGCAUGCCUGUCAACAUGCAUUGUUUAUUUACUUUUCUACUGGGACUUUUUUCUUAAAUGAAUGUACAGAUUUUAUUCUUGAUUUUCACGGAUGUUUGGGAAGCUCGAAAAGUUAAUUUCAUUUUAAAAGUCUGUUGGGAGAAUAGCAAUUAAAUGUUAUGUUUAAAGACUAGGGCUACAACAGAAGUAAAGAUCAUCAGAACAUCAGCAUUUGUCACUCUUUACUUUGUGAAAGGGUUGAUAUGCACAUGGCUAUUGUGCAGUCUACUUCCAUUAUUUGUGGCCACUAUCACAGUGUUUUUGCUGUUUUCCUGUUUAUUUUGAAGUAAAAUUUAAUAUUAUAACAUUU